CCCUCCGCGGAAGGACCGAACGGCAGUUAGCCUGCAAUAUCUUGGACUUCUUCAUGUGAAACACAGCUUGUCUCAGAUCACAUCAGCCUAUAUUUAUGUACAACUGUGUAAUGUAGGACAGUAACUAUGUGGAACAGCUUGUUUUACAAGAUUAUGAUCUUUUUGAUAACUUAAAAGACACAAUCUCGCAGACAAUACAUAAUAAAAUACAUGUUCAAAACUUACGAAUAGAUAAGGAGGAUUUAUAUACUAAAUGAUAGAAAUACGGUGGAGGAAAGUAACUAAGUACAUUUAGUUCAAUGUUGUACUAGUGCGAAAGUACUAGAAAUAAAGUAAAAAAAUAAAAACCGAUGUGAACACUUCCUGCAACACUGCCACCUAACGGUCGUUGAGGUGAAGACCGCACUGCGCCUGCGCGGAUUACCGGACAAGAUGGCGACCAGCAAUGGUGGAGGAAUGGAAGUGGAUGGGGCAGCCAGCCCCAGUGUUAUGGCUGCAGGCGUCACCGGCAGCGUGUCUGUUGCCUUACACCCUCUGGUGAUCCUCAACAUAUCUGACCACUGGAUACGCAUCCGCUCUCAAGAGGGACGUCCAAUGCAGGUUAUUGGCGCCAUGAUCGGGAAGCAGGAGGGGAGAAACAUCGAGGUGAUGAACUCCUUUGAGUUGCUGUCCGUCACCAUAGAUGAUCGGGUACACAUUGACAAGGAGUACUACUACACCAAGGAGGAACAAUUCAAACAGGUCUUUAAAGAGAUGGAGUUUUUGGGCUGGUACACCACAGGCGGACCCCCCGACGCAUCAGACAUCCACAUUCACAAGCAGGUGUGUGAGAUCAUUGAGAGCCCUCUCUUCCUCAAGCUCAACCCAUUGACCAAACACACAGAUCUUCCUGUCAGUGUUUAUGAGUCUGUGAUUGACAUCAUCAACGGCGAGGCUACCAUGUUGUUUGCUGAGCUGACGUACACUCUGGCCACAGAGGAAGCGGAGAGAAUCGGUGUCGACCACGUAGCUCGAAUGACAGCCACCGGCACCGGAGAAAACUCAACAGUGGCUGAGCACCUCAUAGCCCAGCACAGUGCGAUCAAGAUGCUCCACAGCCGGGUGAGGAUCAUCCUAGAGUACGUCAAAGCCGUGGAAUCAGGAGAGGUGCCAUUUAAUCACGAGAUCCUCCGAGAAGCGAACGCCCUCUGCCACAGAUUGCCGGUCCUCAGCACCAUCAAAUUCAAAACAGACUUCUAUGAUCAAUGUAAUGACGUGGGUCUCAUGGCCUACUUAGGCACCAUCACUAAGACCUGCAACAGCAUGAACCAGUUCAUCAACAAGUUCAACGUCCUGUACGACAGACAGGGCAUCGGCCGCAGGAUGAGAGGACUCUUCUUUUGAGCUGACAGCGAAACGAGGCGGAGACAUGCGCUGCAGUUUCUUUUUGGUUUGUUUCAUUUUUGGUUAGCUAAAACAAAUUCUACAGGAUCUUCUCAAACCUGUUUCUCAUUUUCAACCACAAGUGUAAUGAAAAGCACCUAAUUACACCGAUCAGUAAGAGAGAAUGGCUCAAGUCUAUCUUGGUUAUGCACAGGAAUGAAUUCACUGUACAUGAACGUUAUAUAUAUUACCCGUUUGUUAUAUUGUUUCAUGUUUCUGUUUGUAAUAAAUGAUCUGCUGAUUUUUUUCAUGGA